AUGUUUAGGAGCGUCCAUACAGUCUAUACUGGACUCAACAAGCUCCAGCAUUUGAACUGUAAUUUGCAAAAUGUGUUAACUAUUGGUUGUGUGGGUCAAACACGAUGUAGAAGUAAUAAACAUUACAAACCGGAGUUCAAAAAGUUGAGAAGCCAAAAAGUUUUAAAAGUGGAAUUACCAGAUUAUGAAAAUGAAAAAGUAGAUUCUGAGGAUUACAGCCCAGAAAAGCUACGUACCAGGUACAAAGAAAAAGGUAUACAGCCUACAAGACCGUGGAUUGAACGUACCACGUUUAUUAACAAUACUGGUUCUAUCAUUGAACCUUAUGUUCCACCAGAAGGAGAUGGAAAAAUUUCACCAAUCAGUACAGCAGGAGCUAAACAAAAAAUUGAAUUAUUGAAAAAGAAAAAAGAAACUUGGCAAGCCAUUCGUAAAAUAAGACAGAAUGAGGAAGAAUUUGAAUUAUAUCCUGAAUUUAUAACAAAAGCACAAGAUAUUUAUCUUAAAGCCCACACAACUAUGGUCAACAAAGAUAAACAAAAUCUUCUUCAAUAUGUUACAGAAAAAGCCUAUGUGGAAAUGCUGCACAAUAUAGACGGUAAGACAUUACGUUGGUCAUUCAUACAAUCGAUUGAACCACCUCGUGUAGUUCAUGCAAGAGUAACAGAUAUUAUAACUCAGGACAAUUUAUUUGCACAGAUAACUGUACGCUUUCACACAAAACAGACAUUAUCAGUUUUUGAUCGUUUUGGACGCUUAAUCUUUGGUAGUGAUGUGGUUGCCAAAGAUGUCUUAGAAUAUGUAGUGUUUGAAAAACACAUUGUAAAUCAAUAUGGAAUAUGGCGGAUACACGGAAAAAUUAUUCCUGAUUGGAUGCCCCCUAAAGAACCAGCUCCAAUAACAAAUAUAUUAAAUGUUGAAGCUGAGACAGAAACUGCCUUACAAGCUCAGCCAGACGAAGCUAAAUCUAAAAUUGUACUUCCAGAUGCAUAA